CACCGAUUUUUAUGAUUGCAUAUUUCGUGGGUUCGGGUAUUCUCCUUCGUGCACUUUCACCACCUUUUGGCAAAUAUACUGCUAUAGAGCAAAAGCUCGAGGGUGAUUUUCGAUUUACGCAUUCGCGUAUCAUUGCUCACUCGGAAGAAAUUGCUUUUUAUGGCGGGGGUGAACGAGAACAAAUUGUGGUCAACGGAAGUUUUGAUAAAAUUGUGAAACAUAUCAAAAAAAUAUAUCGUCUCCGUUUUAUUAACGGAAUCAUUGAUUCCGUUUUAGUUAAAUAUUGUGCAACAAUGACUGCUUAUUAUUUAUUAGCAAGACCUGUAUUUGAUCCGCG